GUCUGGCGGAGACGAAGGGGUGCUGAGAAAGACAUUGCGGACAAAUUCGGGGAAAGCAAUCAAAGAAAAAUCAACCGGGAAAGAUACAGUUCUCGGCAGAGUAUAAAACGUAAAGAAAAGGGAGACAAAAAGGAAAAGAAAAAAUAAAGAAAAGAAAAGAGCCCAAGCCACCGGGGACAUCAGUAGCAUGGACGAGCUGCAGAUAUCUCCGGCAGAUUCUCGGGAGAGUCCAGGGAAGGAGCAGCAGGCGGCUGGAGUUGGGAUUCUCCUUCAGAUCAUGAUGCUCGUGCUCUCUUUCGUCCUCGGCCAUGUCCUUCGGCGUCACCGCUUCUAUUACCUACCCGAGGCUAGCGCCUCCCUUUUGAUUGGUCUGAUUGUUGGUGGACUGGCUAACGUUUCCGAUACAGAAACUAGCAUCAGGGCUUGGUUUAACUUCCAUGAGGAGUUUUUCUUCCUGUUUUUAUUACCUCCAAUAAUCUUUCAAUCAGGAUUCAGUCUUCAGCCGAAACCAUUCUUUUCAAAUUUUGGAGCCAUUGUCACCUUUGCAAUUGGAGGGACCUUCAUUGCUUCUGUUGUAACAGGGAUUCUGGUCUACCUUGGUGGUUUAAUGUAUCUAACAUACAAACUACCCUUUGUCGAAUGUUUGAUGUUUGGUGCUCUUAUAUCAGCAACAGAUCCUGUGACUGUUCUAUCCAUAUUUCAGGAGCUUGGCACGGACACGAAUCUGUAUGCGUUGGUCUUUGGGGAGUCUGUGUUGAAUGAUGCAAUGGCAAUCUCCUUGUACAGGACAAUGUCAUUAGUGAGAAGCCAUAGUUCUUCAGAACAGAACUUCUUCAUGAUCAUUGUUAGAUUUCUUGAGACCUUUGUUGGCUCAAUGUCAUCAGGUGUUGGCGUUGGAUUUACCUCGGCUCUCCUUUUUAAAUAUGCUGGUCUUGACAUUGACAAUCUUCAGAACUUGGAGUGCUGUCUAUUUGUCCUCUUUCCAUAUUUCUCGUACAUGCUAGCAGAAGGACUUGGUCUCUCUGGUAUUGUUUCGAUAUUGUUCACUGGAAUUGUUAUGAAGCACUACACAUUCUCAAAUCUGUCAGACAAUUCGCAGCGGUUUGUGUCUGCUUUUUUUGACCUGAUAUCAUCAUUGGCUGAGACAUUUGUAUUUAUAUACAUGGGAUUUGAUAUUGCCAUGGAGCAACAUAGCUGGUCCCACAUUGGAUUCAUCUUUUUCUCAAUUUUAUUCAUUGUAAUUGCAAGAGCUGCAAAUGUUUUUGGCUGUGCGUAUUUGAUAAACUUGGUUAGACCAACGAACCGCAAAAUACCUUUGAAACAUCAAAAGGCGCUUUGGUACAGCGGACUUCGAGGGGCUAUGGCUUUUGCACUUUCAUUGCAAUCAGUUCACGAUCUUCCUGAGGGACAUGGUCAGACAAUAUUCACUGCAACAACUGCAAUUGUUGUUUUGACGGUCUUGUUGAUUGGAGGAUCAACAGGUACAAUGCUGGAAGCUCUAGAGGUUGUGGGCGAUGGACAUGAUGGAUCUUUAGGGGAAAGCUUUGAGGGCAACAAUGGCUAUAUAGCUCCUCCUUAUGAUGGGGAAUCAUCCUCAGGAAACAGGCUCAAAAUGAAGCUUAAAGAAUUUCACAAAAGCACGGCAUCAUUUACAGCAUUAGAUAGGAACUACCUCACUCCCUUUUUUACUUCUCAAAGUGGCGAUGAAGAUGAUGAGGAUGAGCCUAUGAUUAGUUCUAGGAGAGGAGAUUAUCGCGGCCAUGACUGAAUAUCAAGCAGCAGAGAAUUUCUUCUGUUGCAAUCGGACAGACCUCAUUAUGGAAGCUAGGCUGUGGUCUUUCACAUCUCAUUGGCCGUGAGGAGCAUAUUAAGGGGAGAACCUGUCAAUUAGACAUUCUGACCAUACACAAAGUUAUAGUAUCGAGAUGGUUGUAGAUUUGUAAGUAGGAGAGAUAGAAUGUACACCAAUUGGUAGAUAAGAGGCAUAAAAGUGCAUGCUCAUCCAAGAACUAAUUUGUGCACGUGUUUGGAACUCUACUUGAUUUGGGAUUUGUUCUUUUCUGCUAGGUCAUUACAAAUGGGUAGCGAUAUUGCUAGAGCAAUAAUUUUCUAAAUGUGAAAACUAACCCUUACGAAGGUCAAUCCAUUUGUCCUUAUUUAUUAUGAUGAAUAAAUGAAACUUACUGAGGUUUCUCCA